GCAGAGAUGCAAACUGAUGCUCUUCCGCUGCGCAGUGUUUCUCAGGUGGGCUCAUUUGAAGACGCUGUUCCGCAGCAUGGCCUGGGAUGGCUCCUCACAGCUCCUGAAGUGUGUCUGGAAGUGCUUGAUGCAGAACAACGAGAGCCACAUCCCCAAAUUCCUGUUCCAGUCCUUAGAGUACCAGGAAAGCUCACAGACAACAAUAAGACAUUCUGCAGGCCUGUUCACUGGAAAUACUAUCCGCCAUUACUGCGACUUGUUGUCUGAAACCGUGAAUGAAGAUGGCAUCUCCCGCCUGUAUGAAGCUUUUCAGGAAGUGCCUUUGACAUUUGACAGGACCACAGGGUGCAUCCUCAAGAGACAUUACAAAUGGCUGCAGAAGCUUGGAAAUCUCGUGUCGGGUUCUGCAUUCGACUAGGGAACCGGGACCGACACAGAAGAC